UCAAAAGUGAUGAUAGAAGACUUCAAGGGCUGCAGCAGAGGCACUAUCAGUGCUAGAUGUCAUCCUGACAUCUUCUGCUGCAGGUCCCUUACCUCCCCCAGCGGCGCUCUAUACUCCCGUGUCCCUGGUUGCCGGGUACUUACAGCGGAGGCUCCGGUUCUCUAGGCACACACACCAGCCGCAGCUCUCCGGAAUCGCAUGGCCGCACUCGGGGAGGAGAGUAAAAAGAUGAGCACUUUUACAGAAGAAAGGUCCGACAUGAGUGAGUCUUCAUCAGAAGAAGAUAAUGUCCAGGAGAAGCCAUUGAGUGCAUUAGCACCUGUUAACACACGAGAAAAGAGUCCUAAAGAUGUUUCUGCAAGUCCUGCCUUCCAGUGCUUGGAUGAGCUGUUUGUAGCUGGUAAAAUCCCUGGAACCAGGGUAGCUGAGCUAAAGGCAAAGUAUACCGUGCUGUAUGAGACAUUGAAAAGCAUACAGGAAUCUGAGAUACAGUUGUUGCAGGAUGCUAAACGUUUCACAUACCAGCUUGAGCAGCAACAACACGAGCUGGGAAAAGCUGAUCAGUUCCCUGAAAGCUCUAACACAGAAGUCUCCAGGAUGAGGCAGCAGUUACUGAAAUAUAACAAUGACCUGAAUGCAGCGGAGGAAAGAGAAUACCAUCUUCAGUACAAACUUGACUGUUUAAGAGAGGAAAAAAAACUUCUGGAACGUGAAUAUGAAAGAAUCCCCAAAGUUGGGGAGCUAGAAAAAAGGUCCAAAUUGCUGAAGGAAACCAGUGAUGAGCUACAAAAAGAAAAUACCCAGAGAAUAUUGGAAAUUAAAGCACUGAAAGAAGAUUUGGCUUCAAAGGAAAGAGAAAUUCAAAGAGAGCAAAAAGAAGUUGAAAACAAACUACAGCAACAGGAACUCAAAAAGGAUGAACUUGUUCGAAUUCAGUAUAUCCCAGAGCAGCUUGGCAAGGACAUGGAGAAGAUACACCGCAAAAUAAUGGAAGUAGAAAAGAAAAAGCUGAAACUGGAAGAACAGUGCCAAGAGUUACACCUCGGCCUAAAACAGAUAGAGAAUAAAACCAAAAUGCUUUUGGAGGAGAAGGAAGAAGUCAUGAAGGAAUUAGAUGGGAAAAGAAUUUUUCUGGAAAAUAAAGAACAGGAAUGUAAUCAUCUGACAAAGUUGUUGGAGUUUUCCAAGGAAAAUGAAGCUGUUGCUCUGGGGGAAAGGGCAGCCUUAGAUCUCAAUUUGCGUCAUGCUAUGAUAGAUAAGCAGACACAACAUGAUGCUCUCACCCGUAAACAGAGAGAGAAAGAAAGAGAUUUGAGAAACAUCAAGAAACUGGAGUUGCAAUUAAGGUCAACAAAUGAUGGUCUGGCUCACACUCAAACUGUAUAUGACAAGAUCAAAGCAGAGAUGGACACUUACCCAAAAGAUGAUGGCUCACUUGUAGAAAAGAGGAAGGACCUACACAAAGAGGUCGAAGCAGUAAAAAGAAGUUUUGCGCAACAACAAACAUUAACAGAGGUUGAGGCUCAUGUGGUAGCGCAGCGUAUUGCUGAAGAAGAGCAGCUUGUAAAACAACAAGGUGAAUGUCGGGAGGAGCUGGUUAACUUAACUCGUCUGGUGCAAAUCAAAGCCGAUGAGAGGGAGCAGAAGUCAAAGGAUUUUGUAAAAGCCCAGCAACGACACCGGCAGGUCCUGCAGGAAAUUAAAGGUCGGGAUCUGGCUAUUGGAGAACAUAAGAAGAAAAUCCAGGAACUUCAGAAAAGACUAAAAGAAUUUGCACAGAUGUAUGACAUUAUCCGCAAUGAAAGGAACAAGUGUGUCAGCCUCAUUCAGAUGGCUACCCAACGAGCAGCAGAACUGCGCGAGAAAAUAAAAAUCUCUGGAAAUGAGAUGGACAUUCUGAGGACCAAUGUCUCAAGCAAAGAGAGACAGCUUCAAAAGGCCAUGUUAAAGCAGAGCAAUAACCAUAUGAUCCGGGAUAGCCUCCGGAAGGAUGUGAGCAGAGUCAGUCUUUACCUGCAGGAAAUGAAAGAAAAAAGGGAACAGAAGAAAAUGGAAAUCGGCAGACUGACCAAUAUGAUUAAUCAGGCAGAGGAGGAGAUGGUGCUCCUCAGAACAAAGUAUGAAUCCGCUGUCAAGCACAGGAAUGAGAGAGGAGUUCAGUUAAUUGAGCGGGAGGAAGAAGUCUGCAUAUUCUAUGAGAAGAUAAAUAUUCAGGAAAUGCUGCUCAGAAAUGGAGAUUUAGAAAUGUUAGCUAUGGAUGAGAAGAUCCGAUUCCUGAAAAUGAAGGUCACAGAAGACUCAAGACAAAUUGAACACACCAAGAAAGAGCUGCCAAAUAAAAAGGCCCUAGAAUCAGACCUUGUGAUACUACAGAUCCAGCUUUCCCAGUGUAAUGACAGAGUAACUGAAUUAGAGAAACAGGCAGAGGAUCCUGAGAGAGAGAGCCGGAUUCGUUUACUUGAAGGAAAGGAUCCAUCUCUGCAGAAUCUUAUGAAGAAAACCGAGGAGCUGGAACUGCGUCUGGCUGAGAAGGAGGAACAUUUGCUGGAGAAGGAAUUUCUCUAUGAUCAGGUUUCCAGGCUGUCUGAGAAAAUACGCAUUAAAGUAGAGAAUGGAAAGGAGGACACCCUAACCCUUGCUAAAAAGAUGAAUGAACUACAAAAGACAAUUAAAGACACGACUCGUAAAAUGAUGUCCCGCAUUGCAGAGCUGUCCAUGCAGCAAGCCAGCUGCAUAAAGCUGCAGCAAGAAGUGAGAGAUCGAGAGAAAUUUGUGGAGACUUGUUACACCAGGAUGGAGCAGGGGCUCCCACCCAGUGAGGAAAGUGAACAAGAUUGGAAACGCUUGCUGCGCCAGGCACAUAGAAACCGAAUAGAGAAAGAGGAAAAGGCUAGGAUUGGAGAAGAUGAGGAUCAGCACACAUUGCCAAAUGGUAUUUACACCACAGCUGAACAACGUCCCAACGCAUACAUACCAGAAGGCGAUACGGCUCUUCCUCUUCCCCGGCCUUAUGGGGGUUUAGCGCCUUUUAAACCCAGUGAACCUGGCUCAAACAUGAGGCACAUAAGAAGGCCACUGAUUAAACCAAUCGAAAUAUAACAAUGGCUUUCAAUAGUAUAAAAUGAAUUUGCUAUAAGAACAUUUAAAAUGUCUAAUGAAACGGUUGACUCAAGCCAUGGAUGCUGCUUUGUAGCUACUUAUAUAGCAAGUCACAUGGCUUCUAACAGCUUAACAAUGGGAACCAACUGGAUGAAGUCAAUUUUACCUGCUUAAGCAAUGUUGUAGCCACGACAUUGACAGGAAUAUUGUCAUGUUGUCAGUUAUAAAUAUAAAAAAAGAUAGUACUAUUUUUCAAUCUGAAUGCAACUAUAUUCAAAUAAAACGUAUAUUUAGUAAA